GCUUCAAAUAUUUGCAGGCAUCUGCUAGAACUAUCUCUGAGGUUCUAGCUGUUUAUGUCCUUUUUAUCACAUUUGCCUUCACAAUUAUCUAUUCUGAGAAGUCGAAUCUUUCCCCGCAUCUUCACUAAAGAGCUUGUCUUAUUCACUUCUAAACAAAUCGAAAGUAAUGUGUCUAUCGUUGCCUGUCCAUGGUCAAAUAGAGCAUUUCAUCGAGCAGUAAGAGUAGUGUUCAUAGUUGUCACUUGUGCAAUGCCAUUAGUCUCGUGCCUAACACCUCUGUAGUCAGAUACCAGAAGUAUGACAACAAAGACUGGUAUCAUAGGAGGGGGAGUCAGUGGCCUGAGAUGUGCAGACGUCCUUCUGCAGCAAGGCUUCCAAGUCACAAUACUAGAGGCCAGAGACAGGCUAGGUGGCCGAAUGCACCAAGACACACUGCCCAAUGGCCAUAUAGUCGACAUGGGCCCGAAUUGGAUCCAUGGAACCGACAACAAUCCAAUCUUAGAUCUUGCCAAAAUGACCAAAACUGCAACUCACUCCUGGGCAGAUGAGGCAGACGCACUCUACGAUGAUCAGGGAAAGCGUGUCAGCAACGCAAGCGAACUCAGUGGGACGUUCUGGGGUAUUAUCAUGGAAGCUUUCAAGUUCUCUGAGCAUCAUGGAGCAACUAUCGAUCCAUCGAGAAGUCUCUGGGAUUUCUUCCUUGAGAAGGCUUCUCUGAUGUCCAAGAAUGAUGAAGAAAAACGGAAAGCAAAUAUGCUGUUGCAGAUAGCCGAGAUGUGGGGUGCAUUUAUUGGGACUCCGAUCAGUCGUCAGAGUCUGAAGUUCUUUUGGUUGGAGGAAUGCAUCGACGGUGAGAAUUUAUUCUGUGCAGGCACAUACCAAAAUAUUCUGGCGGUGAUCACCAAGCAUGCCAAGGAACAAGCAAUAAUCCAUUUAAAUACCAAAGUGAACAGAAUUGAGACCGAAAAUGGACAACCUAUCCUCCAUACCACAAACGGAGGAUCUUUUGAGUUUGACGAGGUGGUGGUGACGGCUCCGUUAGGAUGGUUGAAAAAGAACAAAUCGGUUUUCAACCCAGAAUUACCCAGCAGAUUGACAGAAGCAAUUGAUGCCAUCGGGUACGGCAACUUAGAGAAGGUAUACGUCACAUUUCCUCGAGCAUUCUGGCAAGGUCCCUCAGAUGAACCAAACAAGGAGCCUCCCGCCGGAUUCAUCCAAUGGCUCCACCCAGCAUACUCCAAGCCGCCAGCUUCAAAAGACUGGAACCAAGAAGCAGUUGACCUCGCGACCCUCCCUGGAGCGUCUGCUCACCCAACUCUCCUUUUCUACAUUUUCGGUGACCAAGGCUCUCUCAUUGCCAAGAAAUGGAACGAUCUCCACACCGAAUCACAACGGACUACCUGGCUAGCAGAUUAUUUCCAGCCAUACAUAUCAAAACUUCCUCACUACGACGCAGCAUCGAAAGAUUGUAUUCCAAGUUACUGCUUAGCGACCUCGUGGACGACCGAUGAUUUAGCUGGGAAUGGCAGCUACAGUAACUUCCCAGUCGGUCUCAAGGAAGGAGAUAAAGAUAUCGAGAUAAUGAGGGAAGGGCUUCCGGAUAGAAAUUUGUGGUUUGCUGGUGAGCAUACAGCGCCCUUUGUUGCGUUAGGAACGGUGACUGGUGCUUAUUGGUCUGGGGAAAUGGUGGCGCAGAGGAUCGCGAGGAAGUAUGGUAAGGAGUGUGAGGUAUUAGAUAGCCAGAAUGUUGGGGGCAGUAGUACCGGACAUGAUGGUGGUAAGGAUGUCAAUGUUCGCGGAUUCGCUGAUGAUGGAUUGAAGACGGCAUAGGAGCAAUGGCGUCGAGUCAUGACUGGCUGGGGAGCAUAUUGAGUUGUACCUGGGAUGAUCUUGUGCGCACGGCAUCAAAUUUGACAAGAUGGGUACGCAGUACGAAGAAAAGUAGAAGUUGGCUUACAAAAAGGAUCACCACUCUGUUCAGCUUAAUAAAAUAGUCUUCACUCCUCGCCUCAUUUCAUUAGGCAACACUAUA